GUGCAGCAUUGGUCCUGGCAGCACUAGAGGUCUACCCCAGUACAGUGUAGCAGCACUGCCUGGAGAUGCAGCAGCCUGAGUCCAGUGUAGCAGCACAGCUUUGAGAAUGCAACUGAGGCAGAGACUCCGCAUGCUGUUGCCCACGGGCUGCCUGUGAAACCGGCUGCAAGUGGCAGAGACAUCCCAGAGGAGCCAGUCGGUCAGAAAACCCUGUUCCUGCUGGAUGUGCCAGCAGUUGUUCCAGGGCUGCGGCCCCGCUGUCACCGUGCUGCGUGCUCCUCCCGAGGAGGCUGCGGACCCUUUGGGAGGAGCAGCUGCAGCAGCCGCGGCCACGCCGGGACCGAGCAGGGAGGAUGGCCGGGGGGCGCCUCCCGGGGCUGCUUCUCCUCUUGCACGCCGCGGCUCGCCUGGCCGCCGAGCAAGAAGUUGAAAACCUCUCCGGGCUCUCCCCUAACCCCGAGAAGGACAUCUUCGUGGUGCGGGAAAACAGGACGACGUGUCUCAUGGCCGAAUUCGCCGCCAAGUUCAUCGUCCCCUACGACGUGUGGGCCAGCAACUACGUGGAUCUGAUUACGGAGCAAGCCGAUAUCCCGCUGUCACGGGGCGCCGAGAUGAAGGGCAAGUGUGGCACUAACGAGUCGGAGCUGGAACUCUCCUGGCUGGAGCAAGCGUACACCCUCAAACUCUUCUUCCUGAAGGAGGGGCACAACACGUCCCGGGGGCCGGAGGCGUUCUGGAGGCUCAGCCGGAUCCAGUUCACCUACGACACCUCCGAGCGCACCUACUUCAAGGACGCCGUGAGCCCCGGGAAGCACACGGCCAGCUCGCACCGGCUCUCGGCCCUGGUCACCCCUGCUGGGAAGUCCUACGAGUGCCAGGCCCAGCAGACCAUCUCCCUCAUCUCCAGCGACCACCAGAAGUCGGUGCAGCUCCUGCUGUCGGAAGUGCGGCUCCAGCCCUUCGACAUCCCCGCGGAUUUUGUCUUCAGUGAAGAACACAAGUGCCCAGUGGACCAGAGGGAGCAGUUGGAAGAAACCCUGCCUCUGAUUCUGGGCCUGAUCCUGGGCUUGGUGAUCGUGAUCACCCUUGGCAUUUACCACAUCCACCUCAAGCUGACAGCCAGCCAAGUGCAGAUUCCUCGGGACAGAUCUCAGUACAAGCACAUGGGAUAGGGAGCAGGAUCGAGCAACCCGAGUAUUCAUCAGGUAGAAAAAGCAAAAGCACUUUUUUUCCUGUGGGUGAGGAAAGGUUCGGGGGGGGCAAGAGAUGGUAUUCACAGCACCUCAUGGUGAGCAUUUCAUGGGGACACGCAGGUCAGGGCCGGGCCUUCACUCAGUCAGGGCAGAGUCUGUAAGAGGACUCGGUGUCUGAUGUGAGGUGUCUGUGGCAGUAGGUGGUUUGAAUACCUUCUUAAGCAGCUGGGCUGAUCAUCUGGAAACAGAAAUGCUUCACAUGUCAAAGUUUAACAUUGGGAGCAAAAUUAGGGUUUUUUUGUUCUUUUUUUUUUUUUAAACCUCCCCCCUGCGCUGCUCUGGGAAGUGUCGAGCCCUCUCUGCUCCUGUCCAUGCAGGGAGCAGGGCUGAGGGACAGAGUCCCUUCAUUCAGGCCCUUUAAUGAAGGGACUCCUCAAACCACAUUCCUAAGUUUGCACCCAUGUUAAGGACAGCAUGGGGGCAAAUACAGGUGUGUUUUGAAAAAAAAAAAAAA